AUUAUAAUAAAACAGAAAGAACUGUUCAAGUCAGUGUUGAAUUUUUAGAAAAUGACAAUAUUGAAAUGUUUGUACCCAAAGGAUAUUGUGAUCUUGACAAUGAUCCUGCAUUUUUCGGUUGAAUUGAAACUCGAACACUUGAACCUGAACUAGUAAAUUAUUUUUCUAAAAAUGGGACCAUCUCAGCCAUCAGCUAUUAAUAUGCCAAAUAAAAAAUUUCCUGAAAAUUCAGGCAGGUGUUUCCAUGAAUCCUGGUAUUGGAGAAAGUUACCAAGUGGCGAGUUAACACGUAGAAAAUGGUUAUCUUACUCUAAAACUGAAAACAAAUUAUAUUGUCUUUAUUGUGCAUUAUUUGGUCGUGGAUGUAAAGAAAAUUGGUCAAAAAUUGGAUAUUGUAAUUUUAGAAAAGAAGCAUUUAGUAUAGUUGUACAUGAAACAUCUGACCACAUAUUUUGGCUUCAAUAAAAAUGGCUUACAGAGAAGCUGUGUUUCCAAUCAUACCCUCAUUAAAAGAGGCAGCUUUUACUAACGUUGCAUUUAACCAAGAAGUAGUCAAACAUUUAAUUGAUGUAACAUUGUUUUUAGGACGUUAUUCCUUGCCUUAUCAUGGGCAUAAAGAAGGCUGGGACGAAAGUAAUAAAGGGAACUUUAAAGAUCUGGUGUUACUGUUAGCUAAGUAUUCUCCUGCCUUAUCAUCGUAUGUAUCAACUGUUAAAUCAAAAGGUAGAAAAAUGGUCAACUUUAUAUCAUGGGAGUGACAAAAUCAACUGAUUAAAGCAUUUCAAAGCACAUCCGAGAAAUUAUAAAAAAGGAAAUUACAAGUUCAGUUUUUUUUAGUUGUUCACUAGAUACAACGUUUGAUUUAUUUAAAAAGGAACAGUUAUCUUUAGUGAUUCGGUACAUAAAUCAAGAUAGUGGAAAUGUGUGUGAAAGGUUAAUUGCAGUACGUGAAUCUGUUCUAACCUCUGGACAACAUUUGUUGACAAUAUUUGAUGAUAUAUGUUCAGGAAUGAAUUUAAAUUGGAAAACCAAUCUGAUUGGGCAGUCUUAUGAUGGUGCAGCAUCUACGCGAGGCUCUUAUAACGGUCUUCAGGCUUUGAUAAAACAGCAAAACCCGAGUGCCACGUAUGUUUGGUGUUGGGCUCACCGUUUUAAUUUAGUUAUCGUAGAUGUGGUUAGUUGUUGCUCAGAAGCUCAAGAUCUUUUUGGAAAUUUAGAAAUAUUAUACAGUUACAUGAGAAGUAGUAAGAAACGUACUCAUUGCUUCAAUAAACAUCAGCAAUUGAGAUAUCCAGGAAAACCUUUAAGCAGGCUUAAACGAAUUGAAACUGCACGUUGGUCGUCUCAUUCAAGUGCUCUCAUGACUGUUUUUUAUACUUAUGAAGCGAUAGUUGAUGCUUUAGAUGAAUUAAUAAAUGACUCUACAACGGAUAAAGUAUCAAGUGUGCAGGCUGAAGGCUUACUUCAUUAUUUGUUUCAAGAACGAUUUUUGCUGACUGCCCUAUGCUUUAAAAAUAUUUUUGAUACCACAAGUAUUUUUAGUAAAUGUCUUCAAACAGUAGACAUUGAUUUAUUGGCUGUUAUAAACUAUAUGCAAAAUUGUCUUGAAAAAAUUGAAAAGUUCCGAUGUGAUGAAGAAUUUAAAAAAUUACUAGAAGAAAAUAAAAUUUUAUUGAAUCUAAAGAAGAUAUAACAUUUAUUCCUUUACCAUCAAAACGUGUGCGCCGUGCAAAAAUUAGAGCUGGAGAAAUAUUAUCUGAUGAGCCUAUAAUUGACCCAAUCCAAAGUUUUAAAAUGAAUGUCUACUUUCAAUCAUUGAUAUUGUAUUAACACAAAUAUCAGAUAAAUUUAAUGACCAUUCAGUACCUUUAUUUAAAGAUUUGGCUCUGUUUUCACACAAAAGACUUGAAGAAGUAGCUAAGACAUCUUAUAUCUCAGAUGAUGCUUUUAAAGCAUUUUGUAAUGUUUACAGUCAGUUUGUUGAAUUGAAUACACUACAUACAAAAAGAAUAUAUUCAAUUUACUAGUUAUUAUUCUCAGUUUGAAGAAAUAAUGAUUUUACCUAAAAAACUACACAAUGAUGCAUUUUUAAAUGAAUCCGAAGAGGAAUUUGAAGAAAAUGAUGAAGAACCUAAUAAUAUACUUAGUCAAAAUAAAAAGAAAGAAAAUUGUGAAUCAAUAGAAAACAUUUUCAAAAUAUGCCGGUCGUUUGGUAUAAAAAAAAUCUUUCCUCACAUGUAUACUGCUUUAAGCAUAGCUGUGACAUUGCCGGUAUCUAGUGCCUCUCCAGAACGCGCAUUUUCAAAGCUUAAACUAAUUAAAAAUCGCUUACGUUCAACGAUGAAUGAAGAGAGACUUGAAGCAUUAAUGAUAAUUUCAUGUGAGUUAGAUGUACCUAUUGAUGUUGGAACUGUAAUUAAUAUGUUUGCAUUCCACCCAAUAGUUCUGCACUUGCAAAAUUACUAUUUUAAUAAAACUACCUACAAUAUUAUAAUAUAUACUUACUUAGUUAUACUUAGGUUUCUAUUAU